ACCUGCUCUACGAAAAAUUUCAAUCUUUGGCUCACUUCUUUGUUUAUCUCUUUGUUCCUCACCAAAACCAAUAUUUUCUCCUUCGUUGUUCUUUCUUUCCUAUCAAAACUUUAUACUUAUAUACGACUUGAAAUAUCAUUCCAAGAAAAAUGAUAAGCAAGGAUCCAAGAUCGAGUUUACCUCCAGGGUUUCGAUUUCAUCCAACAGAUGAAGAACUCAUUCUCCAUUACCUAAGGAAGAAAGUUUCCUCUUCCCCGGUCCCGCUUUCGAUUAUUGCCGAUGUCGAUAUCUACAAAUCCGAUCCAUGGGAUUUACCAGCUAAGGCUCCAUUUGGAGAGAAAGAGUGGUAUUUUUUCAGUCCGAGGGAUAGGAAAUAUCCUAACGGAGCAAGACCAAACAGAGCAGCUGCGUCUGGAUAUUGGAAAGCAACCGGAACUGACAAAUUAAUUGCGGUAGCGAAUGGUGAAGGGUUUCAUGAAAACAUUGGUAUAAAAAAAGCUCUUGUGUUUUAUAGAGGAAAGCCUCCAAAAGGUGUUAAAACCAAUUGGAUCAUGCAUGAAUAUCGUCUUGCCGACUCUUUAUCUCCCAAAAGAAUCAGCUGUUCUAGGAGCAGUAGUAGCGAAGUCAAUAAUAAUUUUGGAGAUAGGAAUUUGAAAUCCAAAGAAUAUUCGAUGAGGCUGGAUGAUUGGGUUCUUUGCCGGAUUUACAAGAAAUCACACGCUUCAUUGUCAUCACCUGAUGUUGCUUUGGUCACAAGCAAUCAAGAGCAUGAGGAAAAUGACAACGAACCAUUCGUAGAGCGCGGAACCUUUUUGCCAAAUUUGCAAAAGGAUCAACCCCUUAAACGUCAGAAGUCUUCUUGUUCAUUCUCAAACUUAUUAGACGCUACAGAUUUGACGUUCCUCGCAAAUUUUCUAAACGAAACCCCGGAAAAUCGUUCUGAAUCGGAUUUUUCUUUCAUGAGUGGCAAUUUCUCUAAUCCUGACAUCUACGGAAACCAUUACUUGGGUCAGAAGUUACCACGGUUGAGCUCUCCUACUUCAGAGACAAGCGGCGUCGGAAACAAAAGAGAGAGACUAGAUUUUGCGGAAGAAACGAUAAACGCUUCGAAGAAGAUGAUGAACACCUAUAGUUACAAUAAUAAUAUAGAUCAAAUGGAUCAUAGUAUGAUGCAACAACCUAGUUUCCUGAACCAGGAACUCUUGAUGAGUUCUCACCUUCAGUAUCAAGGCUAGAGAGAAUAUUUAUUUGAAAACCUAAUGACGAAUUGGGGAUCAUUCGGUAUAUGAUUGAAAAGUAGGAGUCGUUGUUAGAAAUUUACCAAACUAUUGUGGGAAAAAAAAAGGAGAUAUAGAAUAAUAGUGUAGUUGAUGAUGAAUUUGUUGAUCAUAUAAAAUACACAAGCUUAUAUUGAAAG